GGAACCGGAAGUGGACCCCGAGCUAGGAGGAAGAAGCCGGCGCGGCCCCGUCAGCAGCCGGCCGCGGCUGUUUGAGGGACUGCGGCCGCGCUCCUGCGAGCGGGUCUAGGGGCAGCCGGCGGCCCGAGGGUGCGUCGCCAUGAAGCUGUACAGCCUUAGCGUCCUUUACAAAAAAGACCCGAGAGCGGUGCUGCUCAAAGCCGCGUACGACGUGUCUUCCUUUAGUUUCUUCCAGAGGUCCAGUGUUCAAGAAUUUAUGACCUUUACAAGUCAACUGAUUGUGGAACGCUCAGCAGUAGGCAGCAGAGCUUCUGUCAAGGAACAAGAGUAUCUUUGCCAUGUCUACGUCCGGAGCGACAGUCUGGCGGGUGUGGUCAUUGCUGACAGCGAAUACCCUUCCAGAGUGGCCUUUACAUUGCUGGAGAAGGUACUAGAUGAGUUUUCCAAGGAGGUCGACAGGAAAGACUGGUCAGUAGGCUCCCCUGAUACAAUCCAGUACAAAGCCCUGGAUGUUCAUCUUAGUAGAUACCAGAACCCCAGAGAAGCUGAUCCAAUGAGUAAAGUACAGGCUGAACUGGACGAGACCAAAAUCAUUCUGCAUAACACCAUGGAGUCUUUAUUAGAGCGAGGCGAGAAGCUUGAUGACUUGGUAUCCAAAUCAGAAGUACUGGGAACACAGUCAAAAGCCUUCUAUAAAACUGCCCGGAAACAAAACUCGUGCUGUGCAAUCAUGUGAUGUAGCCCACAGAGGCAGGCGCUGGAUCGUCACGUCACAUCAGAACUACAGCCCUAGCGAUGAAGCGAUGUCCUAGAAGAGGACCUGAAGCCAGGCAGACUGGCUGUUUUUAUUUUGAAGUUCCCAAGAGGAAUGGAGGAAUCAUUUAAGGAUGGGAACAUUGAAGUUCAUAUGUGUGGUUGUGACUUUGGGAAAGAAUUUGAGGUCCUCAAAGAUGUAAUGUGGGAAAAUGAAAACAUAAACUCUAAGUGGCUCUUAUAGGUGCUGAAGGGCUUAUUCUCAGCUAACCUGGAAGGCUCUAUGGGAGGGAAUCUUUUUCCUGAUCGUUGGUACGACUUAAAAUUUCAUUUGUGCAUUAACAAUUUAACUCUCCAGUGAAUGGGGUGGGGGUGGGUUUAGGGUGAUGGGGCUAGGGUAGGCAGAGUUUGAACACUCCAGAAUUCUACUGCCUUUUGCACCAUAGGGGUUGGGAGAAGGUCACUAUGGCCAGUAAAAGGCAGUGGUCUCACCUGUUUAACUUGCCUAUGUGCUAGGGUUGGCAUCUGCCAGGGACAGGGCCCAUCCUAAGUACCUUCAUCCAGUACUACAAGACCCCUUGUGGGAGGCACUUAGAAUAGGCCGAGAGGGGCAAGGUGUGUAAGUUGUGGUUUUUAUCAGACAGCAAACUGCAUUCGGCCUAGGGCUGUUCUGCUGUUGGGUGGUUAGCUGGGAGGGUCCCAUCUUCAGGCAAAGCAGCAGACAUAGGUGCCUUCGGCACACUCACCUGACUUGCAGUUGGAUUUUGAACAUCAAGAUCAAAGUAGUGUGUGCCAUCAUUUCUCGAAGCUGAUUUGUCUCUGUGUCUACAAGACUGUUUUGGCAACUGCUUGGGGCCUGAAUGUUGGAACAAGUCAUUCCUGUGGGUACCAGGACAGGUGCCAGCAGCCCAAAGAUUCCCAGCACCCACCUGUGGUCCAGUUACGGCCUACAAGCCUCUUCUUAGAGACAGCUGCAGGGGAGAGGAUGUUGAGGGCCUGGUCUGAGCUGGUGCCCACUGCCAGCACAGCCCAGGAUGUGCUAGGUCCCACAUUGCCUCUUCAUGUUUUGCUGUGCACAAAGUAUAUCUGAGAGGUCCUGUCCCCAAACCCACUGCUGGGCUGCUGGCUUCUGAGUUUUAAGCCAGCGCUGUCUUACUCUGAUGAUCCCUGCCCUGAGCUUGCUGAGCUGCCCUCAGAGUGCCCAUAUGGGGAGGAGGUCUACUGUGGCUUCCAGCGUCCCCAUUGGUUGGUGUACCUGCCUAUCUCACUGGAUAGUGCUAGCCAAAGGGCUCAGGCUACCCUCUGGAGUGGCCUGCCCAUGAAACGUUCCUCCUGCCACAGACCUCUCCAGCCCAGGGCCCCUGGACAGCACAGAUCCAUUCUGUUGCACUUGAGGUGGAAUAAUGGCCUGGGUGCUGCCUGCUUUUCUUGUUGCUCUGGAGGGUGCUGGGGAAGAGUAGAAAUGGGUGGAGGUAGAAGUUCAUGGGGAAAAGAUACCUUCACCCACAUAUGGCUGUCUACACGGUUUCACUUGCCCUGCAAUGGAUAGUUGCUGUGUUUCCUGUUCCCCCAUUAUAUUCUAAUGUUAAAUCACUUGUUGAGAGUGUAUUUUAAUAAUGCCUAAUUUCUCUAUGUUCUGUUUGAAGGUUUCUGUCAAAAUAAAAUUGUCUUUUGAAAUUCUA